AAGCGAGCACCAUGCCCUCUCGAGUUCGCUGAGUCAGGCUGAUCUGAAGAGACUUUGAGCAAACCCGCCACGACUGAAAACCUGAGCGAACUUGACUUCACGCAGGCUCCAAAGUCAGCACUUGGACGGCUGUUUGAGUCAGCGAGUUGAUUCCUCUGCUGAAGCUGAGCUGAAGACCAGGGAGCAACCUUGGGUCAUAUCGCGCUUUGAGAUCUUUGAGAGAAGGGAAGAAGAAAGGAAAUUCACUGUGUUUUUUCAUCGGAGAGACCUGAAAAGAUGCAGAAUAGAGGCUUCUUCACCCCAAGGAAAGCAGGAGUGGCAGUCUGUAUUCUGCUGUUAAUUAUAGCUCAGGUAUGUGCAGUUCCGUUGGCCUCGCGCGUCCAGUCCAGCUCUGACCAGAGGGCAAAUUCAAGGGAGGAACACCCCCUGGGCACGCUGAGGAGAGUUGCUCGGAUGACUCCACUGUGGAGGAUCAUGAACAGCAAACCUUCUGGCGCGUUCUGCCAAAACCACUUCGAAUGCUCCACAGGACUCUGCAGGGCGGGACGCUGCUCCACGAGCCAACGGUCGUCGUCUGAGCCUGUGAAAUAUUAGACAUCCAAGGACACAACUAGCAUGUUUACAAUACAAGCGUGAUCCCGAUGGGCUCUGAGACGAGGGACAUCAACACAUCAAGGCAUUUUUGUUUCUUUCUUUUUUGUUAAUUAGAAAUUAUAUUUAUGACAACCAAAAAACAAAAAUACCUGCAAUUUGGAUGCUUUGGAAAAGAAAACAACUCCAAAAUAUCUUUUAUUCAUCUCUCAAGUAUUAGUUCUGCAAAUUACCACCGCCUUGAACUUAACUCUGCAGUUAUGCAGUCUGAUAUUUACACUGCUUGAUAACAUGAUAUAAUGAUUAAACAGACUGAGUUGUUGGCUGCUUUGACAACCAAACUUCACAAAUGCAGUUUUUUUGAGCUCAUAAUGGAACACAUGGAAUCUUUCCAGCAAUUAUCUUUUUUAUCUACAGCAUUAUUUAAGAUACAGGUGAUGAUAGGAGGAGCAUGGAGCAGCGAGCAAGGGAAGACUUUGCACCAUUCCCGUGCUCCUGACUUCAGUGCCCCAGAUUGGGUCAUAGCCGCCUCGUGUCAAGUCUGAUAAGCCGACUCUUGACUGGCCGUACAGUAGAAAGUCCCAGCGCUGAUGUCAAGACCAAUCCUCGUCAUCAGAAGAUAACGUAGUCAGCUGUUUUGGCAACCAAGUAAGCUACCUGUUAUCAUCUCAUCAUUAAGUCAAUUCUGUAAUCUGAUACAACUUUUACUGUUGAGAUGAUGGAUGAAAAAUCAUUCAAGACAAAAAGUGGAGGCGCGACUCACCAGAGAAUUACAGGAGACGAAGUUACAAGUUUAUAGAAGUGAUGCUCAGGGUACCAAAACAUUUGAAAAUCAUGAAGGAUUUUAUUACUUUGAAGGCUCAGUCCAGCAUUUAUGCUUCCACACAUGGAAAUUUCAGUCAAUAAUAUUUGCAAUUCCAUAAAUAUAUACAGAUUCUCUUUUUUCUUAUUUAUUUUAUUCUUUGUUUUGAUGUUUUUUUUUUAAUCUGGCUUUUGUUUGAGAUAUUUAGGUCUGCUUUAGAGGAACUGAUCACCAUGAGCAGUUCUUCGUCUUUUCCAGUGGGAACAUGAGAUUACAGCGAGGAACAUAUUCUUCUCUACAACCAUUUUAUUUGCACAUCCGUCUCCUAACGAUCCACCGCAGAACCUGCCUCGACUCACCUGCAGAGUUUACAAUCGUGCACACAGCAGGUGCUGGCAGAUAUUUUGUACACUCAGUGUAUCUGAGAAAUGUUUGAAUUGAAUGCACUUUUAAACCCCAAUUAUCUUUGUACUGUGUAUUACUUACUGUACUGUUAUCUACGUAUAGAAAGCUGACGAAAAUAAAUAAAAGCUUUGGAAAAAAACUGA